CAAUUGGUAUUUACUGUUUUUGAUCUGGAAGUCAACGUGUCUCAAUUUGUUUAAUUAAUUAUCAAUUAGAUUGUUGUUGUUUUUUAUUGUUUAGCUUAAUUUUUAUUAGGCUGGUGUUGGUAAUUGGUGUUCCAUUGGAUUCAUUGCUCUCGUAAAAUGUAUCACAAAAAGGAUAAAAAAGACGAUGAAGAUUUGGCAAUUGCUGGUAACGUUUUUGCCAAAGUAACAAAAACAUCGGCUCUUCAAGAUGCGAGGAGUUUCAAUGAAACACCGGUCAAUGCGAGAAAAUGUACCUUAAUUUUAACCAAGAUUCUUUAUUUAAUGAACCAAGGAGAAACUUUUACUACCCAAGAAGCUACUGAUUUAUUUUUCAACAUCACUAAAUUGUUCCAAUCUAAGGAUACAACUUUAAGGCGUUUGGUUUACAUUGGUAUAAAAGAGCUAUCGAAAAUAGCUGAAAAUGUUUACGUUGUCACAUCUAGUUUAACCACCGAUAUGAAUGCCAAGGAUGACCUUUGUCGACCUCAAGCUCUACGAGCUCUUUGUCAUAUCACUGAUGGUACCACUUUCCAGGGCAUUGAGCGAUACAUGAAACAAGCAAUAGUUGAUAAGAAUCCAGCAGUAGCUUCUGCAGCAUUAGUAUCAGCUUAUCAUAUGGCUAAGAACAUUCCGGAAGGUGUUAAGAGAUGGGUUAAUGAGGCCCAGGAAUCGGUCAAUUCUAAUAAUGUUAUGGUCCAGUAUCAUGCUCUGGGAUUACUUUAUCAUAUUAAGAAAAAUGAUCGUUUAGCUGUCUCCAAGUUUCUGGCGAAGUUUUCUCAGACCGGGCUAAAAUCACCCUAUGCCCUCAUCAUGAUGCUUCGAAUGGCAGCUCACCUUUUCUCCCAAGAUACAACUAACUUUCAAUAUCUUAAGUUGAUUAGCAAAUAUUUCGACCAUUCAUCUGAUAUGGUCAUGUAUGAAGCUUUGAAGCUGUUUUUAAAAGCUGGGUGUAUAGCACCAGUAGACACAUUGGUUGCUGCUGGGCUUAUGCAGUUAACUAUGCCUUCCCUUAGACCAGCGGGCAAAUUUGAGGCUGUCAGAACCCUUAAUCAAAUCGCUAUGGUCAAACCGAAAGAUGUCGAAUUGUGUAAUGUUGAAUUGGAAAACCUGAUAACCGAUCCCAACCGAUCAAUUGCUACCUUAGCGAUUACAACGUUACUCAAAACAGGACAAGAAGGCUCUGUCGAUCGUCUUAUUAAGCAAAUUUCUACAUUUAUGAAUGAAAUUUCCGACGAAUUUAAAAUCGUAGUCAUCACUGCAACCCGAAAGUUGUGUCAAAAGUUCCCUCGUAAACAUUCAGUUAUGAUGAAUUUCUUGGAGACCAUGUUGAGAGAAGACGGUGGAAGUGAAUUUAAGAAAGCAAUUGUGGACACUAUUCUCAACAUCAUCUUAGAUAAUCCCGAUGCAAAAGAAGCUGGUUUAGCUCAUCUGUGUGAAUUCAUCGAAGACUGUGAACAUGCUGACCUAAUGAUCAGAAUCCUUCAUCUUCUUGGCAAAGAGGGACCCAAGACUACACGACCAUCCCGAUACAUUAGAUAUAUUUACAACAGAUUGAUAUUGGAAUCUGCUCCCAUUCAGGCCGCUGCUGUUAGUUCACUUGCUAAGUUUGGUGCUCAAUGUGAAGGCUUGUUACCUGAUAUAUUAGUUCUGUUACGCCGAUCUUUACUGGAGACAGACGACGAAGUGAGAGAUCGAGCAGUAUUCUAUCUUGGUAUCUUGAUGACAAAUCAAAAAUCUUUGUAUAAUCAAUUCAUCUUAAACCCAAUACAAGUAUCAAUUGUAGACCUUGAAAAAGCUCUUCUGCAAUAUGUCUCCAAUCCGAAAGAAAGUCCAUUCGAUAUAAGAACGGUUCCACUUGCCACACAUCCACAGCCCAUCGAAGAGAUAAUUAAAAAACCACAAGUGAAUGGAGUGAAACCAUCAGCUGACGCUAAUCAAAAUCAGAAAUUAGCUUCAGUUGAAACUGGUGAAACACGACGAGCUAAAUACGAGGAGUUAUUAACAUUUUUCCCCGAGUUAGAAGAGUUGAAAUUAGGACCACUAACCAAAUCCUCGCAACCUAUUGAAUUGACCGAGUCAGAGACGGAAUAUGUUGUCAAGUGUAUCAAACAUGUUUUCAAACGACAUAUUGUAUUUCAAUUUGAUUGUAUCAACACUCUCAACGAUCAAGUUCUCGAAAAUGUUCGAGUUUCAAUGCAGGUUCCUGAGGGAUACAGGAAAGUUUGCAUAAUUGAAUGUCCAAGACUCGAAUAUGAUGUGCCCGGAGUAACUUACACAUGUGUGGAACUUGUGGCCGAAGAUGUUACUUCUUACACUGGAACAUUUGAAAAUCUUUUAUUGAAAUACAUCGUAAAAGAUUGUGAUCCGGAUACUGGAAAAGUUUCAGAUGAUGAAGUUGGGUAUGAUGAUGAGUACGCAUUGGAAGAUGUUGAAGUUUAUAUAUCAGAUUACAUACAAGGAACAAUUAAAUCCAAUUUUGCUUCAGCAUGGGAAGAGUUGGGACCAAACGCCGAAGUUGAAGAGACUUUUGUUCUUCUAUCAUUUAAAACAAUCGGUGAAGCAAUAACAAAUAUCGUUCGCUUCAUGGGCAUGGCUCCUUGUGACCGAUCAGACGUCGUUCCUGAAGGAAAGUUGUCCCAUUCUCUAUAUCUAUCUGGUGUAUUUCACGGAGAUGACGAAAUCUUGGCGAGAGCCAAAUUAGCUGUAACAACCUCUGCUAGUGAUGGUGUUACUAUGAAAUUAUCAAUCAGAUCAAACAACUUGGAUCUUUCCAAUUUUAUAGUUUCCAUAAUUGCCUAAAUUAAAGCCUCUCUCACUUUAUACGGAGCAAAACCUUUUUUAAAAAUUAUUAUUAUUAUAUAAAUAUACUUAUAAUUCAUCAACGUUGAAUUUUUUCCGUCGUCUCAACAAAGUUAAUAGACAAUUAAGAUUCCCUGUGACAGCGUUUGGAAAAUUACGUUGAAUGGAUAAAGUGACAAGUGUAAUCAAUUAAUUAUUGGAAAGCAACAAUCAUAAUUAAGAAUAAAUUAUUGUCUCGGAUUUAAAUUAAAGUGAAAUUGUUUUAUUGAA